AUGACGUCACAGGGCCCAAAGUACCUAAUGUUGUACUCUACAACAGACGGACAUACCAAAACGAUUAUGGAUACAAUAGCAAAGCAGCUCGCCGACGAGACAAAGGCGCGGUGCGAUGUUGUCGACAUCAAGGACGGUAACAGCUACGUGCUGGCACACUACGAAAAGGUUCUACUUGGCGCGUCCAUUCGCUACGGACAUUUUAGCGCUGCCUUCAUCAACUACGUCAAGCAGCACCACAGUGAGCUUAGUGUCAUGCCGUCGGCUUUCUUUAGUGUCAAUCUCACAGCACGCAAGUCGGACAAGAACACCGCUAUGACUAACGUUUACACACGCAAGUUUCUCAAUCAGUCACCAUGGUCCCCUCAACUUGUCGGUGUCUUUGCAGGUGCGUUGUGGUACCCUCGCUACAACUUUUUUGAUCGGGUCCUGAUUCAGCUCAUUAUGAAGGUGACAGGUGGAGAAACGGAUUCGACUAAAGAAAUUGUGUACACUGAUUGGGCUGCUGUUCGACGGUUUGCGUGUGACUUUGCAGCUCUACCUUUGACAGUACCACCGCGACCGAAAACGAGCGCAGCCAAGGGGCCUAACGGCGUUCUCAGAAGUGGCAACGGUGCGCGCUGUUUGCUCGCGAUAGUCGGCAUGUCAGCGGCUGUCGUUGUCGGAACUCGUAUAAUCGCUUCAAAACGCGGAUGA